UUGUUCUUAGACAAUUAAAGAAAUGAUAUGAUGAGAUGAAAAAUUGUGUGUGUUGGUCAUUGUUAUUCUAUAAUUCACAGUUGAUCACAUUCCACCACCACCUCCUCCUCCUCCAUAUAUAUAUCGACUAAUUCAAUCCUAGCUAGCUAGCUAGCUUUGACCAAACUCCAUCUCCUGAAUCUCUAUACAUUAAUUAUAUAUAAAGAUGAGAGAUUAGAUCAUCAGUUCAUGUUUGUAGUAUUGAUGAUCUGAAUUACUUCAGUUGACUUGAGACAACCAACCAAAUAAUUAAGGUAAGGGUAAGGGUAAGGGUAAGGUUUUCGUUUGAUCUGCUGCGUGAGUUUAGGGUUUAUAACAAUACUACAUAUAUCCUAUAAAUGGAAUUUGAAUUAUUGUUGUUGUUAUUUGUAUUAAUGAAUUAAACUGAUUAAGCAAGCAAUCGCAUGGCGGAAGAUGAUGAUGAGGUGGUGGUGCUGGGUGGGGUUUACAGCUUGUUCUCGAUGAGGGCUAGAUUGGCUCUGUCAGUGAAGGGCAUACCCUACCAGAACAGGGAGGAGGACUUGUCCCACAAAAGCCCUCUUCUGCUCCAGGCUAACCCUAUCCACAAGAAAGUCCCUGUCCUCAUCCACAACGGCAAGCCUGUCUGCGAGUCCCUCAUCAUCGUCGAGUAUGUCGACGAAGCCUGGAGGGACCGCACCCCUCCAUUGAUGCCCUCCCAUCCGUACGACAGGGCCCAGGCAAGGUUCUGGGCAGAUGUUGCAGACAAGAAGCUGUUUCCGGCGGGAGGUAAGCUUUGGACGACGAAAGGGCGAGAGCUGGAGGCAAACAGGAAAGAAUUUAUCAGAGUGCUGAAGCUAUUUGAAGCAGAGUUGGGAGAGAAACCCUACUUUGGGGGCCAGAGCUUGGGGUUUCUGGAUGUGGCCUUGGCUGUUUACUGCACCUGGUUCCAGGUCUUCGAGGUCUAUGGAAACUUCCGAAUCAAAGAUCACUGUCCCAAAGUGGCUGCCUGGGGGAACCGCUGCAUGGACAUGGACACUGUCUCCAAGGCCUUGCCCCAUCCUAAUGACCUCUAUCAAUUCGUCUCCGCCCUCAGGAACACAUGGUUCGCCUAGGCCUACCCUCUACCUACCUAAUUUUAUUUUAUUUUUAGCACCUCUUACCACCUACUACGCCAGAUCAUCAUCCAUCUCGUGUCUGUCUGUCUGUCUGUCACUCGUGUUUCUAAACGAAUCCAACUUUUACUUUCAUUUCUUUGUCUGUUGUAUAUCUGUCUUGUGUAUUCAUCUGUCGUGUAAAUUUGUGGUCAUUUGAUCGG